AUGCCUGACCCAACGACGGGUAUCUCCGAUCACACCCCACCUCCGGCGCGACCACAAUCUCCCAGCAACGGCAUCAGCACCAGAUGCCAGGACAAAAGCAUUUCCGGCCAAGUGCCUCGCCACAUACCACCAUCUCAAGGACCAGCGUCGUCCACAAUAUACCAGCAUCAGCUCCAGCACCACCAACACGAUUUCAACGACGCGAUCUCCACCAACAACGGCGAAAUGCCUCACUACGCCACCACUUCUACUACCAGCACCUUCUCCAACAAUAACAGCAUCACCAGCAUCCAGGAGAGCAGCUUUCUCGGCAACACACCGCCAUCGGCAUUUUUGGUGAAAUGCCACGUCGCUCAACUAUCUCCAACACUGUCACCACUGUCUCCAACAUCACCGUGUACAAAAAUAACUUCACUCUCCAACACCACCAUCUCCAACACGACUACCAUCUCCAAAAGCAAAACCAUCUCCUCCACCACCACAAUCUUCAACACCAUCAUCAUCUCUCCCACGACUCCAACAUCACGAUCUCCAGCACCAAAACCAUCUCUAAAAGCACCACUACCAUCUCCAACACAAUAUUAUCUACAAAAGCACUACCAUCCCCAACGCUACCACCAUCUCCCAAAUCACCGCCACAAUCUCCAACACAAGCACCAUCUCCAUCACCACCAUCCUCUCCAACACUAA